AUGGCAACAGAGCAGGAUCUAGAAAAAGAAAGGGUUCGUACGACACACGAGACACCCCUUGGCCUCGGCAUAGGCAACGCCAAUGGCAUCCCCUUUGCCCUUUCUGACACUGGUUUUGACCACUUUUGGUGGAAAGAGAAAGAGGAACAUGCCCUCCACUUCUUAGCUCUCUCUCAACCUUUCUUUAUUGCUCCCUCCCUCCUUUCCUCUCUCCCACACGCUUCUUCUUAUCCUCAUUCCCAAUUUUCCCUUUCCUCAACUCCAAUUCGCACCACAUCUAGAAAAUUCAACUGCACGUAUGCAACAAUGCCUCCGUACCAACAAGAGCUUGUAGUAGCAGCAAAAACAACAACCAUGAAGGAUGCUGAUACUGCUAACGUUUUGGAUCUGAAAACGUUAAUUGAGGAGCUUGAAUCAUCGAUUGAGGUUCCUUCCGUUUUUAUCUGCCCAAUCUCGCUGGAGCCAAUGCAAGACCCCGUCACCCUUUGCACGGGACAAACCUACGACCGUUCCAACAUUCUCAAAUGGUUCUCCCUCGGCCACAACACCUGCCCCACAACAAUGCAAGAGCUCUGGGACGAUUCCGUCACGCCUAACACCACUCUCCACCACUUCAUCCUCUCCUGGUUCUCGCAGAAGUACUUGGCCAUGAAGAAGAAACUCGAGGACGUGCAAGGCACCGCCUUGGAGCUCUUGGACACGCUCAAAAGGGUCAAGGGUCAAAACAGAGUUCGCGCCCUCAAACAGCUUCGCAAACUCGUUGAUUCCCACGUAUCCACGAGGAAAACCGUUGAGGAAAACAACGGGCUUGUUUUGAUUUCUUCCCUGUUGGGUCCUUUCACUUCGCACGCGGUUGGGUCGGAAGCAGUUGGGAUUCUCGUGAAUUUGGAUUUGGGUUCGGACUUGAAGAGGAAUCUCAUGCAACCCGCGAAGGUUUCUUUGUUGGUGGACAUCAUGAACGAGGGAACCAUUCAGACGAAGAUGAAUUGCGCCAAGUUGAUUCAAAUGUUGUUGGUGGAAGGUAACCCCUCCGAGACCGUUGUUUUAUCAAGUUUGAGUCUUUUGGUUGGGGUUUUAAGGUUAGUGAGAGAUAAAAAACACCCAACAAGCGUUUUAACCGGGCUCAUAUUACUCAAAAUUGUGUGUUCGCGUGAAUCGGUUAGAACCACAAUUGUAAGCAUAGGAGCAGUGCCUCAAUUGAUUCAGCUUUUACCCACUUUGAACAACGAGUGCUUGGAGAUAGCCCUUCAUAUUCUCGAAGUGUUGUCAACACUUCCUGAGGGAAGAUUGGCUUUGAAAGAGUCUCCCAAUAUUAUUCCCAAUGUGGUCAAAUUGUUGAUGAGAGUCUCAGAAAGUUGCACACAAUUCGCAUUGUCGAUUUUGUGGGCUAUUUACAAGCUUGCCCCUGAAGAAUGUGCUUCAAAAGCUGUUGAAGCAGGGUUGGCGGCGAAGCUACUUCUAGUGAUUCAGAGUGGUUGCAACCCAGUAUUAAAGCAGAAAUCUGCAGAGUUUUUGAAAAUGUGCAGUUUAGAUUACUCUUCUAGUAUCUUGAUUUCUAAGUGUAUGCUUACUGCCACAAUACAAUGA